CGGUCCGUUCAGUCAGUCAGUCUCUCGCUCUCUCUGUUCAGCGCGCGCAAGGAGGGUGAAUGGAUGUCACCGUGAAGCCUCGUGCGGGAAAAACACAUCUGUCUCGGUUUUAACGUGGAAUUAACAGAAUCAGAUCUCCAGGACUUUUAGGAUAUGUUUUCAACCAAUUGAAAACGGACAGUUGGCCUAAAUGGACUUGACUAAAUCAAACUGAAUUCACAUCAAUAUGACGGUCAAUGUCUUUACGCUCUAGAACUGUUUCUGUGAACGUUAGGCUUCUGCUCUCUACCAGAAUAUAAGAGUUUGGCAAUAUCGUUGAUAAUGACAAUGGCAAUAUAAAGCAAAAUUUAGUUCAUAGUGAUAAUAUAUACCAUGUUACUAGUAGAGCUAUAUUGGAUCGUUCUACUAUGGAUUGGAGGACUGGACUUGAGUGGAUUUGAGUGGAUUUGACGUCUGCCUGCGUGUGACAGAAGCAACGAGUCUCUCUCUACACAUUUCCGUGUGUGUGCCUCGGACGGACAGGGGGAAGGACAUGUGACUAGUAGCCGGAAAAAUGGAUUACCUCUCUCCAGCCAACAUCUCCCAAGAUGCAUCCCUUCUCUUUUCCGACGCCGGUCCCCACGGCAACGACCUUUACCUCGGUUACCGUGACUACGACCCCGGCAUUGACGACCCCACCACGGAAGAUUCGUCGCCCCUCCCGCCCCUCCCGCCCCUCUACGCAGACACCCCCCUCCUGGAUUUGGGAGACUUGGGGGGGUACGGUCCCGGGGUGGGGGGGUAUGGGGACAGCUCUCUGGCGGGACUGGGAGACAGUACUAAGCUAGUAGGGGUCCAGGUGGUUUUAAUCCUGGCCUACAGUACCAUUAUACUACUAGGAGUAGUGGGGAACUCUCUGGUCAUAUACGUGGUGUAUCGCUUCAAGACGCUGAGGACCGUGACUAACUUCUUCAUAGCUAACCUCGCUGUCGCUGACCUCCUGGUGAAUACAUUGUGUCUCCCCUUCACGUUGGUCUAUACUCUGCUCGGGGAGUGGAAGUUUGGCCAGCUGCUUUGUUUCCUGCUUCCCUAUGCACAGGGAUUGGCUGUCCACGUAUCCACGGUGACGCUCAACGUCAUAGCCCUCGAUAGACACAGGUGUAUAGUGUACCACCUGGAGACCAGGAUGAGAAAGGAUGUGUGUUUCGGGGUGAUUGCCGCCACAUGGGUACUGAGUGCGGUGCUGGCCAGUCCACUAGCUAUCUUCAGAGAGUAUGGUACCUUCAAUCUGGCUCCAGGACAGUUUAUACAGGUGUGUACAGAGAAGUGGCCGGGCAGCUCGACAGACGGGACAGUCUAUUCAAUCUCCAUGCUCCUCCUCCAAUACGUUCUCCCUCUAGCCGUCAUCUCCUUCGCCUACGCUCGUAUCUGGUCCAAACUCCGUUCCCACAUGUCCCCCGCCGGCCGCAACGACCGCCACCGCCGACGACGCAAAACCACCAAGAUGCUGGUGACCGUGGUCGUGGUGUUCGCGGUCAGUUGGCUGCCGUUCCGCUUUCAAUUGGCCACGGAUAUCGACGGCUCCGUCUUGGACAUGAGGGAUUUUAGACUGCUGUACACGCUGUUCCACGUGGUGGCCAUGUGCUCAACGUUCGCCAACCCUCUGCUCUACGGGUGGAUGAACAGCAACUAUCGCACCGCGUUCACGACCGUGUUCCGCUGUGAGCAGAGAAUGGAUAGUGUGCAUCCGGAGGGAGGAGGAGGAGGAGGAGGAGGAGGAGGGACGAAGAUGGACCUAGAGGCCCAGGAUGGUGUGACGAACCAUCUCAAUGCUACAGACCUCUGAAACAGAAGAUAGAGAGUAGGAGAGAGAGAAGAAGAUAAAGAGGGAGUGAAGAAUAAAGGAGAGAGAGUAGGAGAGAGAGAAAUAUAUAGAACGUAAGAGGGUAGGGAAGAGAAGAGACUGAAGAGAGAAAAUCACUGAGAUGGGAGAAAGGAAGGCUAGAGAGAAUAAUUGCAUCUGUGAAUGAACACAUAAGAUGAGGGUGAGUGAGAGACAGAGAUAGAGAGAUUAAACCACUGCCUCCGGAACACAUAAAUAAAGAGAAAAUGUCAGAGAUGGGAUGAAGCAACAAAAAAAACAACAAAGAUGACAGAGAGAAAAAAAAACAAUGAAAAAGGAGCUUAAAUUCUAACCAGUUUAGUUUGUUCCUAAGUGGGGAACAGCAAUGGGCUGGGACU